CACCAACUCCCUACCUUCAAUCAAGGAUGCUCAAUCAACCUAGGCAGAUAUUCUCAUUCUAGUUUAAAGCAGAAACAACAGGAAUUUGAUCAGGAUUCAAGUCAUUCAAUCAUUCAAACCUCAAUCGAAUAUAAUCAAGUCAUAGAAUCAGUACUUGGGUUCAUACAAUCAAAGCCUAACAUACAAAUCUAGGGUUCUCCAUACCCAGAUGAAUGAGAGAACUACUCCAUGGAGAAAGAAGAAAAAGCAGAAUGAGACGCGAAAUUCAUACUGUGAAGGAUGGAUUCCUGCUCCUGGACGUUGAUCGGCACUUCUCCAAGCUCAAACUGGCCUCCAAUGGUGUUGAAGAUCAAUCUAGGGCACUUGGAGACUCUUGUUCGUCACUUUCUCUCUCUAGGAAUCGCUCUAUCUCUCUCAAAACUCGAAUCCCCUUCUGUUUGGCUGAAAAUUUGCUUAAAAGGGCAUCAGUGGCCAAAGCACGGUCGAGGGCACGGCCGUGUAAUGCCUCAGCCCGCCCGUGCUUUGGCUAGUGUUAAUUACACUAGGAGAAACACGGCCGUGCUUUUGGGAGGACACGGCCGUGCUUUGGUGAAGCACGCCCGUGUUCUAUCUCAGCCCUGCCCGUGUUUUGGCCAAUGUUUGCCAAACUCGAAUUAGCUCUCGGCAGUAAAAGCACGGUUUCAGAACACGGACGUGUUCUGGUUUAGGUGUGCCCGUGUUUUGGCUCAGCUUCACCGAAAUGACUUCCGAAUGCCCCGAAACUCGUGCUUAGCCUUCCCUUUUACACCUGGGACCUGAAACAUGACAAAAUAGCACAACCCGGCAUAAAAUAGGCCAAAAACA